GCCACACACGCAUCUCUGCCACUUUGCUCUGGCUCUCCCACCCUCUCCCGUCUUUCUCCGCUUCCCUGUCACUGUUACUCCGGGAGACGUUCACUUUCCACCAACCUUCUCCAAGCGUCUCCAAGCCAGACUAUAUAUAUUUUACUGUAAGAGACCUAGAAGAGGAAAAAAGGCACGAGACUUUUCAACACCUCACUUAAAAAAAUCAACAACGAAUUUCCCGAAAUGUUUGAGAACAAUUAAAAGGAAAAGGCGUUUUUGGUCUAUCAACUAAGUGAACAAUCAUUUAUAUCGUCCACAUCCUGAGACAUUAUCGUCCCUCGCUGUGGACACUAGCGAGAUGACAGCUGCUUUUUCAUAUUCGAAUGUAAUAAAUACUUGCUGCUUUUAAUAUAUUUCGGAAUUGCUCCCCUGUAUUCUUUGGAAUUUGUAACUCUAAAAGAUUGGAGAAAAGAUUAUCGAAAAGGCUUUUACAAGCCUCCAAAAUGAUGCUGAGUCCGGACCAAGCCGCCGACUCGGACCACCCCAGCUCGGCGCACUCGGACCCGGAGUCGUUGGGCGGCGCGGACGCCAAGGUGCUGGGCAGCGUGUCGGACCUGGAACCGGUGGAGGAGGCCGAGGGCGAUGGCAAGGGCGGCAGCCGGGCCGCGCUCUACCCGCACCCGCAGCAGCUGAGCCGCGAGGAGAAGCGCCGCCGCCGGCGCGCCACGGCCAAGUACCGCUCGGCUCACGCCACCCGCGAGCGCAUCCGCGUGGAGGCCUUCAACCUGGCCUUCGCCGAGCUCCGCAAACUGCUGCCCACGCUGCCCCCGGACAAGAAGCUCUCCAAGAUCGAGAUCCUGCGUCUGGCCAUCUGCUACAUUUCCUAUCUCAACCACGUCCUGGACGUGUAGGGCCUGGGGCGCGGCGGGAGGCCGCCGGUCCGGAAGCCGGGGCAGCGCCACCGACCCGGGCGGCCGCCGUGGGGCUGGCGGACAAGGCGGUGGCCCAGCGGGACGGCCGCCGGGAGAGGCCUGGACGCGGGAGGAAGCUCGCCACGCGUUUGAGUUCUCUCCGGUCAGCAAGGAGACGAGGGGUUUCCAAAUGGGGAAGGUGGGGUUGUCUGGUGAGCCUGGGGUUUGCAGGGGGCAUUUUCCAGGCCAGGCGUGCCUCCUGGAGGCAUCCGAGACGCACCGCCUCCAGGCCUCCCCUCCGUGUGUUAGGAUCCCUUUAAGGGUAGUUGCUUUAGCUCACUGGAGACUUUGAGUUCUCCUACAUUUAUCUCCCACAGAUCUUCAUGUUUUGAAAGAAUGAGGGCAGAAGCUCAGAGUAAAGACUCCUAACUUUAGACUAUCUGGGAUUUUUCUAAUUGACAAAUCACCUAACAUUUGGAGGGUUUGGGAAAGACUCUCCUCCAAUGUAGAUUUAAGGCACAGAAAGGUGGAACAGGAAAGUUUCCGUUCUGCUGUGGAAAGGAAGAUUAUAUUAGAAUCCAAAUAAAACAGACAAACCCUCAAUAUUGGUAAGCUCAAAAGAUACAUUGAGAAUAGACACACUGUGGGAAGAUUUGAGCUGGGUGAGAUUUAAACCCCAAGGUAUGACACUGAUGUAGACAAGAGAAUACAUAAUUAAAUGGAAAUUUUAAUAUCUGAUUGCUUUUUCAGGCGAAGUGCCCCUUUAUAUAUCCCAAAAACAUCUAUUUGUGACCUUAAACAUGUGGACCCAUAGGUGCAGUUAGAAAAAAAAACAACCUAUUUUUAUUUAUGUUAGAAGGAGUAGAGUAUUUUUUUCAAGACAUUUAUUUUUCAGAGUGGUGACAAUUUUACUUUGGAUACUCUGUGCCAAUUUAUUUAUAGUCAAGUGUUUACACUUUUUCCUGUGGAAUAAUUAUGUCUAACUUUUUACGUGUUUGUUGAGAUUAUACUGUGGUCUUUCUUUUUGCUCUAAUUAUAUUGCACUUGUAUAACAAAUUUCCCACUUCUCCCUGUUUCUAAACAUAUUUUAUAUAUUAAGAUGUUUGUUCUUGAAAGGUUCUUUUGUUGUGAGAUCAGCAACACUAGCACUUCACUAUUAUAGUUUUUUAAAAAAAGUUAAGUGUUGUUAUUCUUAUCUGUAGUUAUGUCUGAAAAGUACAAACUGUUUAUAAGGAGAGUAGCUUCUUUGUGUGUGUGUGUGUGCUGUUUGUGCGUGGGAUGAUUUUAGGAAAUUAAGUUAUUUUCCUAAAAAAAAAAUUCAAAACUACUUUCCUCUGUGACAACCAAAAAGAAAAGUCUAUAACCUGAAAAUGUUUCAUGUUCUCAGCUGUGAAACUCUUAAAACAAGGAGUGUAUUUUAGAGACAAGGGAAAAAAAAAAAAACCGCAUCUGCUAUCCAAAGAUUUUAGUCUUUUUCAGGGUUUUUUUGUGUCUCUGUUGCUUUAUAUAAUGCAAUAUUUUGUAGUGAAAAUAGAUAUAAUCUGGUUUCUAUCUGACAAGUUUUUCAUAUCUCAUGAAUG